AUGGACAUCCAGCUCUUUGCCGACAAGGAGAGCUCGAUGAGGAACGAGUCCGAAUGUGGGAGCAUGUGGAGAAUAUACACGGAUGGUAGCAAGGUUCCCAGGGAUAUGAGGAGAGGAAUAGCGGAGUCAACGGGCUGUGCCUUUGUAGCAGUUAACCCAAGGGGUGGCGAGGUUCGCAGGCUGUUUUGUCUGGAUCCGGCUAACAGUGUGUACCAGGCAGAGGUAGUAGCGAUAAGGGAGGCACUGAGAUACGCCUUGGAGGAGCUCAUUCCUGGGGAAGGCAGCCACCACAGACGUAUCGAGAUAUUUUCUGACUCGGAGGCGGCUCUGAAGUCCAUCAAUUCAACAAGGAGGACGAAGCUCACGGAGGAGAUUGAGUUAUUAUACAGGAAGUGUGACGAACUGGGGGCAUCCGUGAGAUUCAAUUGGAUAUGUUCCCAUAGCAAUGUGUACUAUAAUGAGGUAGCGGACAGACUGGCAANNNNUGGUCUGCCUUUGUAUGAUCCAGAAGCCUUGGUGGCUCGACAGCCAGUUUCUCUUUGGUAG